GAUCGCCUCCUGCAACGGGAUGGAAAUAGCAAGGAUAGCAAGAGCGUGUGAGAAAGACCAGGCCGGGAGAAAGAGGGCAGCUUCUGGUCGUCUUUAAGUGCUGCCGAUGGCUAAUUAACCUACUCACCCUUUCAGAUUUACCUCCCCAAAUAGCAGGGCUUUCCAAGAUAAUCUCUCCCACUCUCCACCCCUCCUGUUUCCAUCCCCUCUUUGCAUCCUCGGCCUUUGAGGACUUCUAGACCUCCGACCAGAUUAAGAGGCUGUAAUUGGCUUGGGAUGGUCUCCCACCUCCAGGCCUGCUUUGCAUGGUGUCCGUGCUUAUAGAGGAAGGAGGAGGCAGCCAGGGCCAGUCCUUCAGCCACCCCGGCAGGAGACGGUGGCUCCGGAGGCUCCCUGCAUCACCCGGCCAGGCAGGAUGGGAAACGACAGCAGCCGCAUCCUGGGUGACCUGCAGACACUGGAGAUCCACCACUGGUACAAGAAGUUCAUGACCGAGUGUCCCUCCGGGCAGCUGACCGAACACGAAUUCAAGCAGUUUUUUGGGCUCCGGGGGCUGGAUCCCGAAGCCAGUCAGUACAUUGAGCAGAUGUUCCACACCUUUGACAUGAACAAGGAUGGCUACAUCGACUUCAUGGAGUACGUGGCCGCGCUCAGCCUGGUCCUGCGGGGCAAGAUGGAGCAGAAGCUGCGCUGGUACUUCAAGCUUUACGACGUGGACGGGAACGGCUGCAUCGACCGCCACGAGCUGCUCAGCAUCAUUCAGGCGAUCCGAGCCAUCAACGGCUGUGACCACGAGACGAGCGCCGAGGAAUUCACCAACCGCGUCUUCAGCAGGAUCGACGUUAACGGCGAUGGCGAGCUCUCGCUGGAGGAGUUUGUCGAAGGCGCGAGGAGGGACGACGAGUUCAUGGAGGUGAUGAUGAAGAGCCUGGACCUGGAGCACAUUGUGGGCAUGAUCCAGCGCCGGCGGCGCAGCAGCGUCUAGAGGUCGGCAGCGCCGGGCGGAUCCUGUGGGCAGCAUGGAGGCAGCGGCGCACGCCAUGGGGCGGGACACCA